AUGGCGUCGAAUACUAAAGUUCGAGUAACUGUUACGUUACAACCAUCAGGAAAAUCAAGCGUUCUCAUUGUGCAAACAUUCGAUGAUCUUCUUCGGCAGUGUUCGUCGAAAUUUCGUGUAAAAGCGCGUCGCAUUUUCUUUCCUACUACGGCCGAAGAAUUACUCACAGAUUUAACUGGCGUUUCUAAUGACACAAAACUCAUCGUCACUUGCGGUGAUACGUAUACACUAGCCAAUCCACCAACUUCCACAAAACCAAGAAGUACAAUCGAUCCAUCACCUGUUUCCAUACAAAUUAUUGCCAACAGAACUUUGGUCGAAGAGACAGCUGUUGAUCAGUUGAAAAACGUUGCAAAAAUCUAUGCACAUGUCAAACACAUUUGGGGUAUGCCUGAUUUGCAUCUGGGCCAAUCAACACCAAUUGGUUGUGUUGUGGUUACGGAGCCGUGUGUUGUCUAUCCUGAGCUAAUUGGUUCUGAUAUUGGUUGUGGUAUGAGUUUUGUGCGCACAUCUUUACGGGUCGUCUACGAAAACGAUGAAAGAAAAUUAACGAAAUGGACUAAGCAAUUGCAAGGCCUAGAUGAUUAUUUACCGAAAGAAGCACUUGACCGAUUUCUUCGAUCUGAAUUAGAAUGGCCAACUGCAGUCGCCAAAGUGAAUACAGAGCAUUCAGAGAAUGAACAACUAGGAACAAUAGGAGCUGGAAACCAUUUUGUUGAAUUACAACGAAUCGAAGAAUUAUACGACGAAAAACAUGAGCAACUGUCCAAAGAUUUUCUUUAUCUUCUUGUUCACUCUGGAAGUCGUAGUUUGGGUGAGAAAUAUCUGCGUGAAUUCGGUAAAGGAACAGCUGAAACACGUGGAUUGGAGAAAGGCACGGAUGCCUAUGAAACCUAUAUGAAUAAACACGAUGAAGCAUGCGCAUGGGCGAAGCGAAACCGUGCUUUGAUUGCACAGCGUUUCCUUGCCUGUCUUGGUGAUUCGAUUUCUGGACAAUGUCUCGUCGAUAUUUGGCAUAAUAACGUUGUUCUAAAAGAACUAUCUUCGGAUAAAUCUCAAGUACAUCUUCAUCGUAAAGGAGCAGCACCGUCUGAUAAAGGUCUCGUGGUGAUUCCUGGUAGUCGUGGUACACAUUCGUAUCUGGUUGAACCGAUUGAAGUCAAUCAAGAAUCAUCCGGUUACUCAUUAGCACACGGCGCUGGUCGUGCAAUGUCUCGUUCGAAAGCGCGUCACUAUUUUAGUGAAAAAUAUCCUGAUAUUGAUAGACUGAAAAUAACUGAAAGUUUAGAUUCACAUGUCGUUUGUGAUGAUAAACAACUACUUUUCGAAGAACAUCCUCAGGCGUAUAAAACCAUCGAUGCUGUCAUCGAUGAUCUUGUUGAAGCUAAGUUAAUUCGAGUAGUGGCAAAAAUGAGACCUUUAAUUACAUAUAAAACACGUUUGACACAUGAAUAA